AUGUGGGCCGCGGGACUGCCUCCGGACCCACCGCCCGAGCGAGUUCCUCCUCCUGUGCCUAUCAUCACUCUCAAGCCUCCCAGCCUUUUCAACCAUUUGCCCCAUUACCCCGGAAUUUCCUCUUUCAAGAUGAGAGAUCAGCAGAUCCGCAUCAUUUGUGGUAGCCAGGUUACCGAUGAGGAACUUGGAGAAGCUGCUGUUCUUUUCCGGGAUAAUUACGGUGUCUGGGGCGAGCAGACUGGACGAGCCGGUCAACCAGUUUCUUUGUCCGUCAAAAGAAUGAGAUCUCAAUACCUACCAAGCUCGGCGAAUACUAUUUACGCUAGAGUCACUGUCGAUGGAACUUUCGCUGGAUACGCCUUCGCCUGCAGAUGGCAACAUCAACAGUUGAACGUUUGCUGGAUCACUCAACUCGUUAUCAACAGAAAUUUUCGAAAUCUUGGGCUCGCAAAGGCUCUCUUGAAUGCGCUUAGAGAGCGUACGGAUCAUGUCUACGGAAUCAUGAGUUCACACCCAGCAGCCUGUCUUGCGGCAGCGUCAAGUUUCGGAGGCGCCAUUGAAAGAAUAUCCCUGGAAUUCAUUGCUCAAAAUGCGGAGAAUGUUCUGAGCAAUAGUCCGAUUCAAUACAUUCGGGAUGCACAGCUACACGGCUCCCUAUUUGGAACAGGUUCAGAUGGAAUGGUCUCAGGUGUGGACACCGGGUUUUUUGUCGAUCAUACAGAACCCAAUUCCGCUCUCCAGGCUAUUCAAACCAAUUUGAAUUGGCCUUUGGGUAAUCUUGUGGAGGGUCAUGAAUAUCUUUUGCUUAUUCGACGAUAUCGCCGAUCUGAUCGCCUCAAUUCAGCUGCAGCCUGA